AUGCUGCAACACACAACAAAUGACUUUUAUGACUUGUCAUCAGGGUUAGCAGCACAAAAUAAUCGUCAAACGCCUCCUUCGUACAGCCCCAAUGGUCCUUCCGGCAUGAACAAUAACAAUAACAACAACAUUUUGGAUGUCGGUGGCAGCGGCAGUGGUUCCAUCAACGCCUCCGAUCGUGACUCGAUGCCCAGUUUUGGAUUUACGCAGGAACAAGUUGCGUGCGUUUGCGAGGUGUUACAACAAGCGGGCAACGUCGAUCGCUUAGGUCGUUUCCUUUGGUCCCUGCCACAAUGUGAUAAAUUGCAACUAAAUGAGUCCGUGUUGAAGGCAAGAGCAGUAGUUGCUUAUAGCCGAGGACAUUACAAAGAAUUGUAUCGCAUACUGGAAAUGCACUCGUUUUCUCCGCAAAAUCAUCCGAAAUUACAAGCACUGUGGUUAAAAGCGCAUUACAACGAAGCUGAAAAGUUAAGAGGAAGACCAUUAGGUGCUGUCGGCAAAUAUCGUGUGCGAAGAAAAUUUCCACUGCCACGAACAAUUUGGGAUGGGGAGGAAACGAGUUACUGUUUCAAGGAAAAAUCGCGAACUGUUUUACGGGACUGGUACACACACAAUCCCUAUCCAUCACCUCGUGAGAAACGUGAAUUAGCGGAAGCCACUGGACUGACAACGACACAAGUAUCAAAUUGGUUCAAAAAUCGUCGUCAACGUGAUCGUGCUGCCGAACACAAAGAUAACGGUGGUUCCGACAAGCAAGCGAUGGAUUCGUCGAGUGACAGCGAGAUGGAAGGCCCAAUGAUGCAUCACGCCGCCUCCAACAACAAAAGUCAUAGCAAUAGUAACAACAACAACAACAUCAGUGAUAGUCAUGGCAUCGGUUCGGGCAGUCAGCUGACGGCAAAUAUGCAUCUGUCGGCAACGAGUGCGGCAGCGGGAUCCCAUCACGCGAGCCAAUUGGGCUCCGCUGGCAGUCUAAUUCAGUCAUCGCAGAACAGUAGUAGCAGUAAUAGUAAAAAUUUAGGUCAAAUAUCGUCGUCAGCGGCACUGUCAGCUGUCGCCUAUUCACAUUUGCACAGCGUCAUGGGAAAUAUGCCAAUUUAUGAUAUGGGCGAUUAUCAACAUUUAUGA